AAGUUAAUUUAAAGAGGGCCUGGUGUCACAUUAGGUUUUAAAUUAGUGAAUUUGCGGAUAAGUACAUGUCCCACAAAAUUAUGGCAUAGCGAAACCCAGUGCAAGCAACGGCAUAGCAAGAUAUUGGCAUAGGGCAGUGCAAGUGCAAGUGCAAGCUCCACCACAAUAUAGGGUGUUGUUUUCUUCUGUGUCAAGUGCCUCCCUUCAUAAAUGGGUCGCCACAAUUACAAUUUGCUGCAGCACCAGCACACUAAUGUGCGGCGCCAUCGCAAUGCCAGCGUUGGUGGCACCACAAAAUCCACACCAGUAAUACCCACACCAACCAUGACGGACUACCAGUCGCUGAGGAUGCGACUCGACCCGGUGCACCAGGAGCAUCUGCUGAAGUUUUGGGACGAGCUGACACCUGACAAACGCGCCGAUUUGGUGCGGGACAUCGAGGAACUGAAUCUGGAUGAGAUCAAAAAGUAUUUCGAUCGGGCCACCGUCUCGAUGAACGAGAAUGGUAUUAAGUUGGACGAUCGCCUUCAGCCCAUACCCGAGGGCAAGGUGAUAUCCAUUGCACGGACCCCUGAGGAUAAGCUGGCCUCCUAUCGGGAUGAGGGACUGCGUCAGAUCAGCAACGGACAUGUCGCUGUGCUGCUUAUGGCGGGCGGACAAGGCACACGACUUGGCUUCGAUCAUCCCAAGGGAAUGUACGAUGUUGGACUGCAGUCGAGAAAAUCUCUGUUCCGCAUCCAGGCCGAACGCAUUCUGAAGCUGCAGGAGCUGGCCCAGGAGGCGAACGGAAAGCUUGGACACAUUAUCUGGUAUAUCAUGACGUCGGAGCACACAGUCCAACCGACGUACGACUACUUUGUGGCCAACAACUUCUUCGGAUUGAAGCCGGAGAAUGUGUUGCUCUUCGAGCAGGGCUCACUUCCAUGCUUCGAAUACGAUGGACGCAUCAUUCUGGACGAGAAGCAUCGAGUGGCACGUGCCCCGGACGGAAACGGAGGCAUCUUCAGGGCCAUGAAGCGCCAGGGCAUACUGGAGGACAUGCAGAAACGCGGAGUGCUCUACUUGCAUGCCCAUAGUGUGGACAAUAUACUGAUUAAGGUGGCCGAUCCCGUCUUCAUUGGCUUCUGUGUGCAGGAGAAGGCCGAUUGCGCUGCCAAGGUGGUGGAGAAGGCAGCCCCCAAUGAGCCCGUGGGCGUGGUGGCCAUUGUCGACGGCAAGUACCAGGUGGUCGAGUACAGUGAGAUCUCCGCCAAGACAGCGGAGAUGCGCAACUCAGACGGACGGCUGACCUUCAGUGCUGGGAAUAUUUGCAAUCACUUCUUCAGCUCGAGCUUCCUGCAGGAUAUCGGCAACAAAUUCGAGCAAGAGCUGAAGCUGCACGUGGCCAAAAAGAAGAUCCCCUUUGUGGACAAUGCCGGGAAGCGCCUGACCCCGGACAAGCCCAAUGGCAUAAAGAUCGAAAAGUUUGUGUUCGAUGUGUUCGAGUUUGCCCAAAAGUUUGUGGCCAUGGAAGUGCCGCGUGACGAGGAGUUUAGCGCUCUGAAGAAUGCCGAUGUGGCCGGCAAGGACUGCCCCAGCACGGCCCGGUCGGACCUGCACCGGCUGCACAAGAAGUACAUUGAAAACGCCGGCGGUAUUGUGCACGGUGACAUCUGUGAGAUCUCGCCGUUCGUCACGUACGCCGGGGAGAAUCUCGUCUCGCAGGUCGAGGGCAAAUCGUUCACCAGUCCCGUUUAUCUGAGGGACACACGCGAUCCUCUGCACGGACAUCUUUGACUGCGCAGCAUCGCUAUAUAGACUGAGGAUGAUAGAUUUUCGUUCUUUUUUUCGUUUCAAUCUGAAUGUUGCGUUCCAUCAAUCAGAUAGAGCAGCAACGGAAAUUCCAUAAAAUUUCAGUACUUAAAGGAAACUUGUAAAAUUUUGUUGCUUAAUUUUUCUGUUGUUUUUUUCGUUUUUCGGUAAAAAUUGUGCAAUCGUAAUGUGAAUAUAUACAAUACACAUAUAAUGGUAUGAAUAUUUUAAUAUGUUGUAAAAUAAACACUGAUAAGUACGGCAAAACAAA